UGGGCGAAGUAAGACUAGGCGCCUGUGAUGGGGCGUGAUAGAAGCGCGGAGUUUCGUUUUCGUCCCUUGCUGUUUAUUUUUUCCGUCUCUCGGGGAGUUUGGGCGGGACAUCAGCUGAGCUCGGAGCGGAGGACAAAGCUCCAGGUCAACGCACUGCAACCGUUGGCUUUCAGUCUCUGGGUGCGAAGUGAGGGGGGGGGGUCUUCGAUCGCAGGUACGAAGGUGCGCAUGGCCGGAGGGUGAUGCCGCUGCACCGGACGCCCCUCUUGCUCCUGUGGGCUGGGCUGGGGUCCUUCGUGCCGGGGAGCCGCUGCGGCUCCUCCAGGCACUCCCUGUGCUUUUCCUACCUGAAGGUGUCAGAAUCCAGCCGGGGGCUGCCCCAGUUCCUCUCCAUGGUCCACCUGGAUGAUCAGCCCAUCGCUCGAUAUGACAACCACACCAGCAAGAUGGAACCUCUGGUGCCCUGGAUGGGAGCAAAGGAGGCAACAAUCCCUGUGGCCCUUGAAAGGGCAUUCAGGGCUGACCUGGAGCAGCUAUCAAAACUCAGCCGCCAGACUAGAGGUCUUCACACCUGGCAGGCGGUUUUGGGCUGCGAGCUCGGGGAAGACGGGAGCAAAGGAGGGUUUUUGCACUACGGCUACGACGGGAUGGACUUCAUCAGCUUCGACAAGGAAACCCUCAGAUGGGUGGCAGCCCAGCCCCAGGCCGAGAAAGUCAAGGAGAUGUGGGAAGAUGAUACAAGGAGGUCCCAGAGGAAUAUAAUCUACCUUGAGGAGACAUGCAUUCAGAUGAUGCAGAAAUACCUGCCCUACCAGAAGGAGUCUCUGAAGAAGACAGAGCCUCCGGUGGGGAAGGUGAAUUGUAAGGUGGUCGAUGACAGCCUGGAGGUCCUCAUCUGCCAGGCCUUUGGCUUCUACCCCAAGGAGAUCCUGGCCACCUGGACAAGAGACGAAGAGGUCUGCGAGUAUGAGACCCUCCAUAGGAACGUGGUCCCCAACUCAGACGGGACCUAUUAUGUCUGGCUCAGCAUUGAGAUCGACCCCAAGGAGAGGGACCGUUUUCAGUGUCACCUGGAGCACGAGGGCUUGCAGGAGCCCCUGGUCUUGGCCUUGAAGGAGGAAACAGCUAGACCACGGUGGAGUCUUUUCGGAAUUGUCGCCGUCAUGAUCUUGGGACUUUGGAUUCUCUUCCUGAGAUGCUGGUGGAAGAGACUCAGAAAAAAUCUAUAUCAGGAAGUAACAUCCUUGCAUCUUCCACAAAUCCAUCUUUCUCCCUCUAUGGAUGGUACAGAAGAUGAGAUGAAAUCACAGACUUUGCCCCAACCUAAAACAACAUCAGAGCACAAGGCAUCCGAUGGACCGCGGAGGAUAGGGCGUGAUCUAGAAAUCACUGUGUUGUCAUUGCACAGGCAAGAAGGAAAGGAACCUCCAGCAUGGAAAACUUGGACGUGUUAUCCGAAAGCCAAGAUCAAAGCAAGAUCUAAGUCCAAACCAACGAAAGCCCUCCAAAACAUCCGAAGUAAACCAAAAGACCCAGCAGCCCUAGAAGGAGAACCAGGAUUCAUCUACAACGUCAUACACUGUAAGGACUGCAACAGCCAGUAUGUAGGAUAAACAGGCAGAAGACUAGCAAAGCGCAUCCAUGAACACCAACCGGCGGUCAGAAGACGAGAUGAAAACCCCUUAAUUUCAUAAUAGAGGGAUAGAUUCAGUGGUGAGAUUCUGUUGUGUCUUGCCCGCUUUCACCGCAGUCGGGGCCUUCUUAUCUGCUUCCGAACGCUGAGGAAUGUCCUAGUAUGCCUCCUGGCCCCAGCCCUGGCUCCAUGCCCAGACAGGCUGAGGAGGAGGAAGCACCUCCAGCCCCCAGCUCUGGCUCCAUGCCCAGGCAAACAGAGCAAUAGACCCCUCCCCCUCCCCCACAGCAUGUAAGCCUGAGGGAGGUCAAUUACCAACAGCUGCCGACUGGAGUGACCCUCGCUUCAGAAGAAUUGAUAGGCGGCGGCGACAGAAGGAAGGGAGGGGCAGGCCUGGAUAAGUGCUGAGUCAUGGAGCCACACCCCAUGGCCUAUAUAAAGGAUCUGCUUUCUGGCAUUCUCUGAGUCAGGCAAAGUCUAACAUAUCUUGCUGAAGUCACUUUCUGGUCUCUUGCCUGCCUUGAGAACUUUGCUAGGACUUUGGCAGAGCUGCAGAGGCAUGCCUGAUUCGGAUUUCCCUGACCCGGCCAUCAGCAGAGGAGUGGGACACGACAGAUUCAGCCAGUUCGCACCACUUCGGGAGAACCGGUGGUUAACUUUCUGAGCAGUUUGUGAACUGGUUGUUGGAAGAAAUCAUUAGGGCAGAGAACCGGUUGUUAAAUUAUUUGAAUCCCACCACUGGAUAGAUUCAACCAUAGUUUCAAUUGGGAAACUGUGAAUACCGUUAGAUCAAGCCAAAUCCACAAAAAAGGAAAAGAAGGGGCGGGGGGGGGGGGAGAGAAAUGCCAGAUAAUUCCUGGAGCCCUGGCACUCGGACAAAUUGGCCAUCAAGAGGUACACAGAGAUAAACAACAUCUGCAUACCAUUCAAAAGAGACAAUAAAGAAGUCCAAAAGGAAACAAAAGACUAGAACACCACCUAUCCAGCAAUCAACACCGACAGUAUACCGAACAGAAAUUAACGCCAAGGUUAACAUUAGACCGACAAUCAAGUAAACAACGUCCCAAACAAGCAAUUACCAAUGCAGACAAAGAAGCUCACAACAGCUUAAUCAAGGAAUCUCCAAGAACACGCCCACCAACUGACAGGGGAAACCAUAUAAAAAUAAGAGCAAAUCCAACUCCCUUCUGGCACUGAUGAUGUUACCUGGUUUGGUAAUGAAAUGUCUGCAAGUCAGAGAGCACCCAGCAGAACACUGCAGGAGGUGUUCAGCACCUGGCAACCCCUCUGUCGUGUCCCACUCCUCCUCCUCUGAUGGCCGGGUCUGGGAAGUCUGUAUCAAGCGUGGCCAUGAAGCCUCUGCAGCUUUGCCAAAUUCCUGUCAGAGUUCUCAGGGCAGGCAGGAAUCCAACCAGAUGAGACUUUGCCUGACUCAAGGAAUGCCAAAAAGCAGAUCCUUUAUAUAGGCCAUGGGGUGUGGCUCCAUGACUCAGCACUUAUCCAGGCCUGCCCCUCCCUUCCUUUUGCUGACGUCGCCUCUCCAUUCUCCGGAAGCGGGGAUCUGUCCACUGUAUCUUUUCGUCCUCCUGCUCAGCUGCCGGCAAUUCUAGCUCGUGGCUGGCUUCGUGCUCACACGCUGUAGGGAGGUUUGUUUGCUCAGUCUGUCCGGGCAUGGUGCCAGGGCUGGGGGCUGGAGGCAUGCCAGGCCAUUCUUCUUCACUAUCAGUCUCUGGCUCAGAUAGCAGGAGAUGGGAGGGGCCCGGCUGAGGAGAGGAGGGCGGGCGAGGCACAACACCCUCCUUGUGAGGAGACGAACAUAUCCAAGGCCAUGAGAUUUUCCUUGACUGGGACCCCAACCUGUUCUGUUUUUCCGUGGAAUUGCCUUAUGUCUAUAGUUGAGCAGAGAUUAAUGAUGGUGCUCUCCAGCUUUGUCAUGGAACCAUCACUGGAACCCCAUUUUGAUAUCCAAAAUCUGAAUAUCUGGAGAACAUUUAAACUGAACAUGACUGGUGGAUUCAUUUUGAUGGACCCACUAUUCGUGCCAGUGUUAAAAUUGAGCCAGUUGCUUGGCGAGGUAAGACAAGUACACUUUAGGUCAAAGAAUAGCCCUCAACUGGCUUUUAAUCUCUUUAAGGCAAUUUGCUUUGCCCACAACUUGGGCGAGGAGUGAAAGGAGGGGUGUGUGUGUAUGUGGGACCUUAUAUUUUAUUGUGACGUAAGGAAUCCAAUAGAAUAGAAUAGAAUAGAAUUUUUAUUGGCCAAGUGUGAUUGGACAAUAGCUAGGCAUUGUUGUGGUCUAUCAGCAGCCUACAGAGCUGGCAAUGGAGUCGGACAGCGAUGAGGCUGAGGUGAGGCCAGGGCCAUCGGGGAGUGAGGUGUGGACUCCAGAGCCUCCAGACACUGAUAGUAGUGAGGCAGAGGAACAGGAGGAGCCUGUUCCUAAUGCACGCAUGAGAAGAGCUGCCAGAAGGCAAGAGCAGCUCAAGCAAAGAGGACAACUUGGGAGUAGGGCCAAGAGAUGAAUGGCCUCUCCCAUAAGGCUUAAAAGACCAGCAACGGCGUUUGGGCUGUUUGUGGGAAAACAACGUUAAUAGCCUUGCUCCUUAUCUUGCUGCAUUUAUUUCUUGUCGGCGUCUUCUGCUUUUGAACUUUUGCCAAGAAAAGCCUUUGGCAGUUUGCCUAAUUAGACCAAGGUUGGUGAUAAUACUGAAGAACUGUGUUAUGAAGAAUUUGCUUUGAUUUAGUUUGGACGAUGCUGAGAAUGAGUUAACUCUCAGCUGCUCUAAUAAAGUCUGUUUGUUUUUGAACUGAUUUUGAACUACUACUACCUACUUGGGCCUGGGUCACAACAGUGCUUUUCAAACUUGUAUAAAAGGCGGUCCUCUGUGGAGCGGGGUGGGAGGGAGCAUUUUGGAAUUUGCUUCUUCAUAUUACAAAAGUAUGGCAAAAGACCUUUAAAAAUAGUUGUUUAUGGAGCGACUGGACAAAAGGAUGUGCGGAAAACCAGUUUCCUGAGGAAGGAUCAUUUCAGUUAAAAAGAUCAUAUAUUUAAAUAAGAAAAUGUCAAAGAAUGGGUCUAACAAACAUGUGUGCCUGUUUUGCACAAAUUCUUAUUGCUGUAAUACAUCUAUCAGUAUUCAACUGGGGGGAGGGACAAUGUAUGUAAGUGGGUUGUUCUCGUUUGUAUUUUUUUGAUGCACAAUUUUUUUAAAAAAAUUUUUUGUCUAGUUUUGAUUUCUCUUUGUAAGUCUUUUUUUAAAAGUUUCUAUUGUAAUUUUUUUUGAAUCAAAUAAAAAUUAAAGAACAGGUUUAACA